UAGCAGACGAAAAGAAAGAUUUUGUUAGCUUUUGCCCAAAUGAAAGUCGAUUUUUAUAUGCUUUGGAACGUUUGCAUUUUAUCAUUUCUGUUCAUUAUAUUUCUUUAUGAGUUAUUUUUUUGAUGGAGCAAUUAAUUAAACAAUAACUAUUUAAUAAAACUCGAACUUGGCCAUUAUUUUUAAAGUGGACUUUCUAAUUCUGAACCGGAAGUUAACAGUUUUGAGGUCAUAAAAAACGUUUUUGUUGGCAACGUGAAACCAUGGCAAUAUCACCAAAACGAAUUGUAAUGACAUGUAGAAGCCAAAGAUUGACAUGAUGGGCAGUUCAUCAGACAUAGCAGAAACACAGAAACUAAACAAGCUGUUACAGUUCCUAGAACAAAGCAGUCGGCUGUUUGCAGAUGGCCAAACAAAAUUGCCAGAAUGUAAAGCUCCAGUGGCUACCGAGCUGUUCAAGAAACAAAAUACAAUUCUAAACGAAAGGUGGACACAAAACAAGAAUGAAAGAGGCAGUGCCUCUGACGGCUUACUCCUUAACUAUCAGAACGGACCAACACCUCGUUUUCGGUGCUUUGUGGGAGGGAAGCCUAUAACCUUACAACAAGCAAUGGAACUGCGCAAGAUUACUUACGGGUCUUGUCAACAUUCAUUCGGUACUGAAUGGCGCAAAUCGAGCCUUUCAUUUCAAAAUUUGGAUGGCAAAUUUCCUUAUGGAAUAUUGGGUCACCGGUGUGGAUCUAGAGGCUUAGCUCUGUGUGUUCAAGCCUUCUUGCUGAAACAUCUCAUCUUUGAUCGUGAAUACAAGUCAAGUUUAUUUGCUCUUAAUGCACUGCAGCCUAAUUCUUACGAGCGUCGCCGUGCAUUUGUCAGUGCCGUGUCGGAGAUGCUGUGGCAGGCCGGGGACAGACAGAGAUGUUCUGUGUGCUUGAUGCAGGAAGAGAGCUGCUUCGGCCCAGAUUACAGAUACAGGGCGGAUCGCAUCACUGAGAAGCUCUAUAUAUUUGACUUCAGCAACCUAGAAGAUUUACAGACAUUUAUCAGACGCAACCUCGAUUCGUUUCAAGCAGAAAGUGGAUGUGGGUGUAUUUUGUUUCUCUACAGUAUUGUUUUGUCUCGCACAAUUCCCAAAUUGUAUGUUGACAUGGACACACGAGAUGGUGGAUCUUCCAAGCUCCUCACAGACAUGGACGAAUGUUCUCCAGAGUUGAUCAAUCUACUUCUCACUGGCCAGGCCAUACAACAUCUACACAAUGGAGACUUGGUCUACGACAAUGACGGAAACCUACUGUCAAAACCGAUCAAGGGAAUUGCAAACCGAAGCAGUAUCGGCUAUCUUUUCUGGGACAGGUCUGAGACAGAGGACAAAAGGACAGAGAUAGGUAGCAUGCUGAAAACUCCUAAAUAUCCAAUAUGGCUGAUAAAAGUUAACAACCAGUUUGGAUUGCUGUUCAGUAACAACCUUGACCUUGUUAGUGACUGGCGAGUGGAACAUCGAUUUCUUCUUCACUACUAUACCGGACUACCGAGUACCACUAAACCAACACAGCUUACAGUAGACACUCGAUAUCCACGUUCCAGACCGAAGACGAGUUUGUUGCAUCGACGUGAAAGCGACAAAAUACCACCACUGGAACAUUGCAUCAUGACCAAAUGGUAUGACGCAACUGUCGAUUGGAAUGGUACGGUACCAUAUGUUUGAUGUCCAUGACUGAACUAAAACCAGUUGUCACAAUAAAUAAUUGAACGGACUAUUUGGUGCUACAGCCAAACAUCAUAGCUACAGUGUAUGGAGAUCUUGCAAAUGGCUGUUUGGCUGUUUUAUAUGUUACAGUGUGUUAUUUAUUUAUUAAUGUCCGUUUGUGUGAGAGUGUUUGAAAAUAUUAUUGGUGACUUAUACAGGGCUUACGCAGUGUCGUGUAAUCUUUUUUUAUGUUCUACAUACUUGUACGGUAUAAUAUACAACCUUGGUAGUUAACUAAAGCAAUAAUAUAGCUUUAUCGGAAUUGUAAUAUUUAGAGGUGCAUUUUAUUGAAUUGUUGAGGUGUGUACUAAGUCUAAAGACAAAGGUGAUGGGCUGUUUACAGUUUGUAGAGGGGCAGGACAUAGCCCAGUGGUAAAGUAUUCACUCGAUCUAGAAUCAAUUCACGCUGGUGGGUCCAUUGGGCUAUUUCUCGUUCCAGCCAGUGAACCAUGACUGGUAUAUCAACGGCGAUUGUAUGUGCUAUCCUGUCUGUGAGAGAUCCCUUGCUACUAAUGGAAUUUUUGUUUUAAUUACCAAAUAUUUGAUUUUCAAUAGCCGAUGAUCACUAAAUCCAUGUGCUCAGAUGGUGUUGUUAAACAAAACAAACUUUACAUAAGAUGGAACACAAUGUGAUCUGCUGAAUUCUGAAAUCAGUAUUAGCAUGGGGUGUGGAAUAUAACAGAAUAUUUUUAAAUUGUAUAUGCCAUUAGAUGCACUAUGGGCAACUUCCAAGUUUGCUUUGCUAUCAUUUUAAAUAAAGGGUGCAGAAGUGGUGGAAAUGAGACCCACCCACCUCCCUUCCCAGGCCCUAGCAGACCUGUAUAUACAUUACAUGUUGCAACAACUAUAAGACUUCUUUCAGUAAAGGUACACAAUAGUGGCGGAUCCAGAAAAUCCAUUUGGGAGGAAGGCCAAGGGAACCUUGGGGGAGGUUUGGAGGGGCAUCGUAAAAAAAAUUAAAAUUAAUAUAUAAUAAAAUUAUAUCUGUCGCAAAACUUAAGGGACCCCCCCCUAGAUCUGCCUCUGCACAAGUAUAUAUUACAAUACAAGUAGAGCUUAGUGAUGUUUUUGGAUGCAAACUGAAUUUGUUUUACUUAUAGUACCGGUACCUACUUGUAAGAUAGGUUUUGCAUUUACAAGUUGUUCCGUUAUGUAAUUUUGUCAGGAUUUUAUUCAAAUAAAUAACUUGUUACAUUUUUUAAAAUAAUAUCAAUUAAAGAUUUUUAUUCCAACAAGUGUGAUUAAUACACCCUCCCCACAAGAAAGAACAAAGAAUCCCAAAACGAAAGCUAUUUACUUUUUAAUGUCAUUGUCAUUGCAUUACAAUAUAUUUCAUUUUCAUGGGCUUUUGUUCUUUUUAAAUUCAUGGGGUUUUUUUCUUUUACUUUCUUUUCUAUAAAAAAUGCUUUUUAUUAAUAUUGUGGUUCAUGCCAGAAUUAACUGUUCUCAAUUUUGAUGAAAAGGUAAAUUUAUGGAAUGGUGCAAUGUUGACUGAACAAACAUUCGUGGAAUCGGACAUUGUUAUUUUAAAAUUACCCUUUUUGUGUGUGUGUGUGUUAUUAUUUUUUUUAAUCUUUCAGAACAAUUCAUUUAUUUUUGUCUUAUGUAAUUUCAUACAUGUAUUAUGUAGUUUUGUAGAGAUAUAAAGUACUGAUUAAAUUAAUUUCUUACACACCUGUUAAAAAACCCCACUGUGUGAGAUUGUUUAUGUCACACGACAUUCUCCCACUAAUGGGAUAUCAAUUUAAAGAUAUCUCAUUGGCUAUUCCACAUAGAUGACAUGGAUACCAAAGCCAUACCAUCCAAUGAAAUAAGCAUUACCAAAAUUGAUUUCCCCUUUGACAUAAACUUGUAAUUUAUUGCUCUAUAAUUCACAUGAUAAUUGCAAGUGCAAGUAUAGUAUAUGCAUAUGCACUUUAAUUAGAAAAGACAUUUAUAUUUUGUUUAAACCAGGGUUUUUUAAGAUAACAAAAAUAAAAUAGAUAGAUACCAAUUAUUUUACAACUGGUUUAAAAAUGUUUUUUGCACAUUAGAUAUGCUGUCCCGGGUCAGACUACUGGCUAUCCAGAGAUCAGGCCCGGGACAGACAUGCUUGAAACUCUAGUGGCAUAGGAGCAUGUAAAUAUUGGAAUGGAAAAAUGCUUUGAAACAACAAGUGAGAGAAAUGGUAUCUCAACAGACAUUCAUGAAUAUUCUCUACAAUGGUGCCUUUUUAAAAAAAAAAAAAAGAUUUAUUAACUCUGUUCUUAAUCUAUAAGCUUAAAGGUUCCCAAAGUAUCAUUCCAUAAUUUGUUUUAAAAUUAACUUUAUAUAUUUAUAAAUUUUUCAUUUGAAUAUAUUGGGGUGGGUUUUUUUAAUAUAUUAUAUAUAUACUUAUAUUUUUGUAUAUAUACUUUGUGUGUGCCA